UCAGUCAGGUCCAAGCUCGCUCUUUGUCAAACAGUCAAUUAUAAGUUAAAAGGGCACAUCACAGAAUGGCAUCUUCACCCCUUCAAUUCUCCACUCCAUUUCGCACUCUCCUAUUAUCAUCGCCGUCGUUACGAAAAUCCCCUCGUCUUCCUUUCCAUCCUUCAUUAUUCUCGCCGCCCCUUACUCAGAAGACCCUCACUUUUUCGACUGGGACUAGAGCCGUUUCGGGGUCCGGGAAGUUUUAUUGGAGAGCCAAGGCGUCGAUGGCCGGGACCGCCAUGGAGAAAGGGAAAGGGAAAGUCGAAGUUUUUGAUUCCGAGGAGAAUCUUUCGGUUUCGCUCGCUAAAUACACCGCCGAUCUAGCCGCUAAGUUCUCCAAAGAGAAAGGCAGUUUCACCGUGGUUUUGUCUGGCGGCUCCCUCAUCAAGUCUCUCAGGAAACUAGUGGAACCCCCAUAUGUUGAUGCGAUUGAUUGGUCAACAUGGCAUGUUUUCUGGGUGGAUGAAAGGGUUGUUCCUAAGGAUCAUGAUGACAGUAACUAUAAGCUAGCUUUUGAUGGGUUCCUAUCGAAGGUACCGAUUCUCCCUGGUAAUGUAUACGCCAUCAAUGAUGCACUGUCUGCUGAAGGUGCAGCCGAUGAUUACGAGACUUGUCUCAAGCACUUGGUGAAGAGCAACGUGCUUAGUGUCUCAACAGCCACUGGGUUUCCUAAGUUUGAUCUCAUGCUUCUCGGAAUGGGACCGGAUGGACACGUGGCUUCCCUCUUUCCUGGCCAUCCUCUGGUGAAGGAGAACGAAAAGUGGGUUACCUUCAUUAAGGACUCACCAAAACCGCCCCCGGAGAGAAUCACCUUUACUUUCCCAGUUAUCAACUCAUCUGCUCACAUUGCACUUGUGAUCUGUGGUGCUGGUAAAGCUGGUCCGGUGCAUUCCGCAUUGGGAAAUAGUCAAAAUUCCGCUCCACUGCCUGUUCAGAUGGUUUCACCAGAAGGGGAGCUUGUUUGGUUUUUGGACAAAGAUGCAGCUUCCAAGCUAUAAGUUUUUAAGCCUAUAGCUUAUCUGAGUUGUUACUCGAGACUUACUUUGAGUGUGUUAAAUUGGAGUUCACUGGUCUGAGCAGUGAUUGUGCUACCGGAGUUCGUCUCCACUAUAGUUAUCGACUAGCAACCAUUUUCUUCUUUUUCUCAUGAUGAAAACAUGCUAUGUUCAAUAAAACGUAUUUCAUGGUUGCAUCA